AUGCCCGUGGAUCCCAGGACCGUCAGCGUCGUGGCGCCCGGCGACUGCCUGCUCGCCAACGGCCAGGCCAUCCGCCGCGACGGCAACGUCUCCUUCGUCUACUCCAGCUUCGUCCGCAACGAGCUCUACGUCAAGAACGCCACCUGCAAUGGGUCAAGGUUGCUGUGUGAGCUUCUGCGAUUGCCUCUGCUUCACGGCUGGGUGCUAGAUCCGCAGGACAAAAGUUAUGCUGCCCUCAGAGACUUCUCUCAUAGGGAGUUGGCGGAUUACUAUGUCGAUGGCAAAGGUGAUCAUAGGAAUGUCUGUAAGAGUUUAUUGGAAAGGAAGUUUACUUCCUAUGGAUUUAAGAUUUUGCAUGAGGAGCUGAAUGACUGUGGACUAGCACUUCUGUUUUGCCGCGACAGAUUAGAUGUUGUUUGCAAACGCUAUGAUGCUCUAUUCAUAUAUGUAGUUGAUGAGACCAUCCGCCAACAAAUCAAUCAAGCUGUCUGGAUGUUAUUUGAAGAGCACGAAGAGAACAUCAUUUACUUCAAUGACCGAUUCCUCCCUAUCAUACAUCAACCGCACAAAGACAAGGCUAUGGAAUGGUAUCGUGAACUUAUAGAGAAACUGAGAAAAGAGAAGGAACCAAAAGAAGACAAGGGGGAGGAGAGAAAAAAAUCAUCUCAACAAAGGCAAUCAGAUGAUGCGGGUGGAAGUUCUAUACCAAGUGAAGCUACUGGAAAAAGGGCUGAGGUAGGGGCCUCCCAUCACCAUCAAGACAGCACGGUGAAGAAAUCACCUCAACAAGCACACUCUGUGGCUGCUGAAAGUUCUGAAUCAACAACUGGAAUAUUAACUACUGGAAAAGGGGCAGACGCAGUGGGCUCCCAUCACAGUGAUGGCGGAGAAGUAGUGGUGCCUGAUCAAGACAGCAGGGUGAAGAAGUCACCUCAACAAGCACACUCUGCUGAUGGGGCUGCUGAAAGUCCUGAAUCAACAAUUGGAAUAUUAACUCCUGGAAAUGAAGCAGAGGUUAAGUCAGAUAAAGAAACAACAGAUGAAGAUGAAAGAGCAGCAGUGCACUCUGCUGAUGGAGCUGCUGAAAGUUGUGAAUCAAAAAUUGGAAUAUUAACUACUGGAAAUGAAGCACAGGUUAAGUCAGAUAAAGAAACACCAGAUGAAGAUGAAAGAGCGGCAGUGGGUAACAUUUCUGGAAGUCAAGAUGGUGUGCCUAAGGGUGAUGCUUCUGAUUUCUUGAACUUUUUGGAUAAGUUUAAAGACAAUGGUUGCUCGGAUCAUUACUUUGAAGGCGUCGUGGCAGCCUUUGCUUCACAGAGGCCACGGUUUUAUGUGCCAUACGAAUUUAUCAUUUCAUUUAAUGAACCACUGGCCCUGAAGAUUGAAGACAACUAUUCUGGGAUUUGUGAAGAUCUGAAGAAGGCUGUUGAUUUCUAUUUAUCAAAGAAUGGAGUGGAUUCCCCGGAUGCUGUAUUAAAAAUACUUGGCCUUCCUACUAAAAGCGUCCAAUGUUUUGUGGAUUUUGUUGAGAGCAUUGUUUUGCAUGAACAUUAUGCUGUUUUUGGUGAGAGUUCUCAAGCACUACCAUCGUAUGAUAGUAGGAGGAUGGGGUUGGGUUUCCUCAGUUGUAUUGUUGCCAAGUUCAAAACAGGCAGGUGUUGGGAUGGAAAAUGGUCCGAAGCUAACAUGAAGGUCAAGAAUGGCACUGAGUUUGUGAUUGACUUCGAAGAAGAUUGUGAGCUGAGUGCUGACAGUGGACAUCGUGAUCUAACUACAUUCUGCAAAACUGUACUUAAUCGUCUUAAGAUUGACGGACAAUUUCUUCCGCACUUUGACGAGUUAGCAGAGGAUCAUAUGUUGAUAAAUGAUUGUUUUGGAGAUCCAGAGAAGUGGCAGAGGUUUCUUGUAUUGAUUAGCUAUCCUAUGGCGCUCAAACCACCUUUGGUUCGGGCCUCAUUCAUUUGUAAUAUUUAUAUAGCGGGAGAUGCAAAUUUCUCCGGGAAACCUCCUCGAUACCGUCCAUUACACAGCUGGAGGAAUUGUGCUAAUUGGCGACUUGGAGCACAGAAGCUUCAACUGUUGUCCAAAGUCUACAAUUACCUACAUGAGAAGAGUAGAAAGUAUAAAUAUAUUUUUGACCAUUGGUCACCUACCCACCGGCAUGUUUUCAAGUUUUCAAGGCAGUUCAUCCAGCGUGCUCUUGGUUAAACUAAGGGUGAGGAUUUGAUUCAAAAAGUUGAAGAUAUAUCUGUGCUUGAUAUAUUGCUUUCCCGUACAAUUUCGAAAGCCAUUGGUAGAUCUGUGAGAUUUCUUGUGUUGAACUGUGGUGUAGAAGAAGGCAUAUUUUCUAGUGUGUGGAGGCAUUAUAUAGGAUCUGAGUAAGUACUUUUGAUAGCACUAAUCUAUUCGAUUCUUUUCUUAAAAAAUGUAUUUUAUUUUCGAGUAAAAUGCACAGUACAUACUUAAACUAUUCUGUGGUUCACAAAUAGGUACUGUUUGUCGGUCACUAGCAGCAACCACGUAGGCACCAGCAGCAUAAUGGUCAUGGCCUUUUUGCUGAAAACCCAACCGAACCUAGGCUCUCCUCAUUUCCAUAUAUGACUGAAAUAUGAAUUCACAUGUACUCAUAUAAAUGGGAUUCAGUGAAUACAAUUCACAGAUUGAGAUAGCACACAUAUAUGACUAAAAUAUGAUCCAUUUGCAUAGUUGUGGUCAUUACAGUCAAGUUGUCAUUUUCUCCAUUUCCUUUAGAUUUUCUCCUUUGAAGUGGCCUUGGAAAUUUGAGUAUAGAUGCCUAACACAGAACCU